GGUUCAUUCUGGAACGAUGCCAAAUUUGGGUUAGGGAUGUAUUGUUUAGUGGAGACCAAUUAUGAAUUUAGCCAGCUACACUACUCUUUUAACUUAUAAUGUAAAUGGAAUGAGGAAUUUCGAGAAACGCAAAUCCAUUUUUGAUUACAUUAGGAAUAUUGGAUCAAACAUAACAUUCAUUCAAGAAACACAUUGCGGAAGUGAAGACGAUGCAAAAAAAUGGACAAAAGAAUGGGGAGAAUUAAUAUCAACCAAUAUAAGAUGCAAUAGAGACAUUAUCGGAUUCAAGAAUUGCACGAAUCAAAGAGAUGUAUAUAAUGGGUUUGCAGACGACAUAACACUCAUGCUUGAGUCAAUGGCGUCUGUAGAUUCAGUAUUAAAAUUAAUGGAGUUGUUGGAAAGUGGUACAGGUCAAAAAAUUAAUAGGGAUAAAUGUACGAUAUUAUUAUGUGGAUCCUCUCGAAGCUGGCAAAUAAAUAAUACCUAUAAGGAUAUUGCUUUAAAAAGGGAAGAGAUAAAAUUAUUAGGAAUAUAUAUAGGAAACUCCCAAAAGUCUAGAGACAAAAACUGGUCUAAUAUUCUUGCAAAUGUUCAAAAAAUUGUAAACCUAUGGAAGGGACGAAAUCUGACCAUUGUAGGAAGAGUUGUUGUUGCAAAAUCUUUGAUGCUGUCUAAAUUAUGGUAUAUGGCUAGUUUUGAGUUUAUGCCGGAAAAAUAUAUUCAAAAAAUGGAAACGAUAAUCUGGAAAUUUAUUUGGAAUGAUAAAGCACAAAUGAUUAAUAGAAAUAUCAGCUGUAGCGAAUUUUUCGAAGGAGGGGUGAAAAUGAUGAACAUUAGGAAUCAAAUUAAAGCUUUACAGGUAAAAUGGGUGUUAAAAUUGCUUGAAGGUUGUAAUAAUCCAUGGUCUCAGAGAGCAAAGUAUUUUGUAAAUAACUAUUUUGAUGUAUUAUCGAAAGGUAACUUAGAAUGCUUGUAUUUGAACUUUAAAUUGGAAACCAAUAUACAUAUACCGAAAUUUUAUACUAGUAUAAUCAACUCAUUCAAACAAAUUGGCUUAAAAUGGAAUCAACCACAAAAUAUAGCAGAAAUAUCACAGGAAAUAAUUUGGCACAAUCCUCUAAUAUUAGAUAGAAAUAAUAUUGAAAUAACUGCUAAAUCAAAUUGGGUUCAGGCAAAAAUAAUUACUGUUAGUGAUAUCUUUGGCAAAACAAUAUAUGAUAUUUCCAAAAGAGUGUACCCCCAGCUAGAAAACUCUGCAAUAAGUACUUUAAGAAAAAACUGCUUGAUAAAUAAGUGCGAAAAUGAAUUACGGCAAAUAUGGGAAGCACUUCCAAUAGAAUGGAGAGAGAUUUUAUCAAGGAAUAGGGAAUUUGGUCAAACAAGAAUAUUAAUUGAUAGGUACAAUGGGUCGAAAGACUUGACCACUAAUCAAAUUUAUAGGAUUUUACAAAGUAAGAAAAAUGAUACAUUUUUGAAAAACCAUAAGGAAUACAUAUUUAAUAAAUUUCACCUAACUAAGGCAAUUAAUUGGAAUAAAAUAUGGAAAAUAAAUAUUGGAAACAAGUAUAAAGAGUUAUGUUGGAAGUUAAUUCAUAAUGGGUUGCCCACUGGAGACAAAAUAAAACACUGGUUCAUUGAUGAACCAGGAAUGUGUGUCUUAUGUGAAAAUAAUGUUGAAGAAACUGUGUGUCAUUUAUUUUUAGAAUGUGACUGGUCUAGUGAUUUUUGGCAAUGGUGUUGCAUAGAUAUUAAUCAAAAUACUAUUAUAGCAAACGAAUCGGAAUGCAAAUCAAAAUUAAUCACAAUAUUAUGCGGAAAAUCAACAAUUUGGGAAUAUCGAAAUUCAGUAAAAUAUGAUGAAAUAGAUAAAAUGAAAAGUAGUAUGCGUUCAAUUUUCAAGUGUAAACUGGUAGGGAUUUUAAAUUUACUAAAAGCAAGCGAAAGAAAUGAAUUAUUGUUAUAUGAGCACAUGGAUGAUCUUUUACAUAGGUCAAUCAUGAUGUAAGUUUAUAUGCAACACCAUACUCUGAAAAUUAUUGAAAGUAUGUUAUCUGUACAUCAUUUUCAUAAGAGGAAGAUGUAUCGACUAUGAAACAUAGAUGGCGAAUGGGAAAAACCCAAUAUGAAAGCGUGGAUUUUUCCAUAUUCUCUGUCUAAUUUUUGUAUUCUUGUAUUUUUCAUGCUAACUAAAAAAUUAAAAUAAAAACUGAUUACCUGUAAAUUAAAAUUAUAUUCAACUAACUGCUGAG